GGCUGGCGGCGGAGGGGAGGCGUCCGCGACCCUUCGGGCGCUGUCCGGAAAGUCUCGAACGCCCCCAGCCGUUCGCCGGCGGCCGGGUUCGGCCAUUUCCGGCCCGACGCACUUCGGCAAGUUCCGCAGUCGCUUGUCGGAAAUGGCUGCCCGCCGGCAGGGGGAGCGGAGGAUCCCGCGCGGCCUGCAAGGCGGGCAGCAGGCGGCGAGAGCGGCUUUUGGGAACCCGAGUUUCGUGCAGGCGGCGGUGGCGGCUGGUCCCUGAACUGGAAGCCGGACAGCAAGCUCCAGAAUUCACUACUUCAAGAAAUUAUAUGCUGAAAUAUAAUGCAGCAUGAGUCGGAGAAAGGAAGGAUCCUGAAACAUGUGGCUUGAGUGUUGGCAAUGACGUCGGUAGCAGGCUGGCAUUUAGUUCUGUCCUAACAGGCUACUCUCUAACUGUGACUAGUAACUAUGCAUAUUUGUUGGUCAGCGAAACCAAGGAGCAAGCGCGAUGGCAGUUGAAAAAGCCUAUCUGACUCCAGGUUAUCUUUCCUGGGUUUCAUCAUCAGGGACCUUCUCCUUUUCAUCUCAUCAACAAUGUGGUACCUUUUACCAUUUGAUAAAGAUUAAGGACAUGCUCUUUGGUCAACAACCAGAACUUAAAAAAGUCUGCCGGAAUAGGGUCAGAGACCAUUUUAAUUACAGCUGAGGAAAAUGAAAUUUCCAUUUUAUUUGGUGCCUUGUACAGGGAGCACACUAACUCUCAUGGAAACGUGUGAGUGAAGAGAGAUUGAAUUUUGUCUCAUAGAAACUUAUGGUUAUGGCGAAUGACCCACCGUGAUCAGAGGGGGCAAGAGCCACAGAGGAACUCAUGACGGGCUAUACCAUGUUGCGGAAUGGGGCAGUGGGGAACGGAGGCCAGACCUGUAUGUUACGCUGGUCCAACCGGAUCCGACUCACGUGGCUCAGCUUCACGCUGUUCAUCAUCCUGGUGUUCUUCCCCCUCAUCGCUCACUAUUACCUCACCACUCUGGAUGAGGCUGAUGAGGCCGGCAAGCGGAUUUUUGGCCCACGGGCGGGUAACGAGCUGUGCGAGGUCAAGCACGUGCUGGAUCUUUGCCGGAUUCGUGAGUCUGUAAGCGAAGAGCUCUUGCAGCUGGAAGCCAAGCGGCAAGAGCUGAACAGUGAAAUUGCGAAGCUGAAUCUGAAGAUCGAAGCCUGUAAGAAGAGCAUUGAAAAUGCCAAGCAGGACCUGCUUCAGCUUAAGAAUGUCAUUAGCCAGACGGAGCAUUCGUACAAGGAGCUGAUGGCCCAAAAUCAGCCCAAGCUGUCUCUGCCCAUCCGCCUGCUCCCAGACAAGGACGAUGCUGGCCUUCCUCCCCCGAAGGUCACACGGGGCUGCCGGCUGCAUAACUGUUUUGAUUAUUCUCGUUGUCCUCUUACCUCUGGUUUCCCAGUCUAUGUUUAUGACAGUGACCAGUUUGCCUUUGGCAGCUACCUGGAUCCGUUGGUGAAGCAGGCCUUCCAGGCCACAGCGCGAGCCAACGUGUAUGUCACAGAAAAUGCGGACAUUGCCUGCCUCUAUGUGAUGCUGGUGGGCGAACUGCAGGAGCCAGCCCUGCUGCGGCCUGCUGAACUCGAGAAGCAGCUGUAUUCUCUGCCGUACUGGCGGACAGAUGGCCACAACCACGUCGUCAUCAAUCUGUCGCGGAAGUCAGACACGCAGAACUUACUGUAUAACGUCAGUACAGGCCGUGCCAUGGUGGCCCAGUCAACUUUCUACGCUGCCCAGUACAGACCUGGCUUUGACUUGGUAGUGUCGCCGCUAGUCCACGCCAUGUCGGAGCCCAACUUCAUGGAGAUCCCACCGCAGGUGCCGGUGAAGCGGAAGUAUCUCUUCACCUUCCAGGGUGAGAAGAUCGAAUCCCUGCGAUCCAGCCUUCAGGAGGCCCGCUCCUUUGAGGAAGAAAUGGAGGGCGACCCCCCAGCGGACUACGACGACCGUAUCAUCGCCACCCUGAAGGCUGUCCAGGACAGCAAGCUGGAUCAGGUGCUGGUGGAAUUCACCUGCAAAAACCCGCCCCGAGCCAGCCUGCCCACGGAGUGGGCGCUGUGUGGGGCGCGCGAGGAGCGCCUGGCGGUGCUGAAGCUGUCCACCUUCGCGCUCAUCAUCACCCCCGGGGACCCGCGCCUGCUCAUCUCCGCCGGGGGCGCCACGCGCCUCUUCGAGGCCCUGGAAGUCGGGGCCGUGCCGGUGGUGCUGGGGGAGCAGGUGCAGCUCCCGUACCAGGACGUGCUGCAGUGGAGCGAGGCGGCGCUGGUGCUGCCCAAGCCGCGCGUCACCGAGGUGCACUUCCUGCUGCGCAGCCUGUCGGACAGUGACCUGCUGGCCAUGCGGCGGCAGGGCCGCUUUCUCUGGGAGACGUACUUCUCCACCGCAGACAGUAUUUUCAGCACCGUGCUGGCUGUGAUCAGGACGCGCAUCCAGAUCCCCGCCGCUCCCAUCCAGGAGGAGGCGGCCGCCGAGAUCCCGCACCGAUCGGGCAAAGCGGCGGGGACGGACCCCAACAUGGCCGACAACGGGGACCUGGACCUGGGCCCGGUGGAAACCGAGCCGCCCUACGCCUCACCCCGAUACCUCCGCAACUUCACUCUGACGGUCACGGACCUUUACCGCAGCUGGAACUCCGCCCCGGGACCUUUCCAUCUUUUCCCCCACACCCCAUUCGACCCUGUGCUGCCCUCCGAGGCCAAAUUCUUGGGCUCAGGGACUGGCUUUCGGCCGAUUGGUGGUGGCUCCGGGGGCUCCGGCAAGGAGUUUCAGGCAGCGCUUGGAGGCAAUGUCCCACGGGAGCAGUUCACGGUGGUGAUGUUGACUUACGAGCGGGAGGAAGUGCUGAUGAACUCGUUAGAGAGGUUGAAUGGCCUCCCGUACCUGAACAAGGUGGUGGUGGUGUGGAAUUCGCCCAAGCUGCCCUCAGAGGACCUGCUGUGGCCUGACAUUGGCGUCCCUAUCAUGGUGGUCCGUACUGAGAAGAACAGUUUGAAUAAUCGAUUCUUGCCCUGGAAUGAAAUCGAGACCGAGGCCAUCCUGUCGAUUGAUGAUGACGCUCACCUCCGCCACGAUGAAAUCAUGUUUGGGUUUCGGGUGUGGAGAGAAGCACGGGACCGCAUUGUGGGUUUCCCUGGCCGGUACCAUGCGUGGGACAUCCCUCAUCAGUCCUGGCUCUACAACUCCAACUACUCCUGUGAGCUGUCCAUGGUGCUGACAGGCGCUGCCUUCUUUCACAAGUAUUAUGCCUACCUGUAUUCUUACGUGAUGCCCCAGGCCAUCCGAGAUAUGGUGGAUGAAUACAUCAACUGUGAGGACAUUGCCAUGAACUUCCUCGUCUCCCACAUCACGCGGAAACCCCCCAUCAAGGUGACCUCACGGUGGACUUUCCGAUGCCCGGGAUGCCCUCAGGCCCUCUCCCACGAUGACUCCCACUUUCACGAGCGACACAAAUGUAUCAACUUUUUUGUCAAGGUGUAUGGCUACAUGCCCCUACUGUACACUCAGUUCAGGGUGGACUCUGUGCUCUUCAAGACCCGUCUGCCCCACGACAAGACCAAGUGCUUCAAGUUCAUCUAGGGGCAUUGCAGGUUUGGGGGCGAGGAGGGGCAGAGGAGGGAGAUGGCUCCCAAGGCUCCUAGACGUUGGAGGACCUCAGGGAUGUCCCUCUGCUGGGAGAGGAGGCAGCAAGACUAGGAACUGCUGCCUCGCUCUUUAAGUUGGCCACACUGGGCCUGGAACCCUGGUCAGAGGACCCUGGGGUUCCCUACACAGGGCACUGACUGAUAGCUGACACUGAGGACCCGGGGACUCUGGAGAGUCUCACACAGUUCAUAAGCCCAGGACAGUUGGUUUGUGGUUUUUAAAUUCAGUAACAACUAUUAUUAUU